AUGGAGGAGCCGCCGCCGCCCGAGCAGCCGCCGCCGCUGUCGCCGCUGUCGCCGCUGUCGCCGCUGUCGCCGCCCCCCGCCGAGGCCGAGGGCCCGGAGCGCGAGCCCGACAGCGGCCCCGGCGCGGGGCCCGGGUGGAACCUCCCGCCCAACGCGCCCGCCUGCAUGGAGCCGCACCUGGAGCGCGCGCACUACCGCGCAGACGGGGCCCUGCUGCUCGGCGCCUCCGCGCUCAGCGGCCGCUGCUGGUCCGGCUCCAUCUGGGUGUUCGGCGAGCCGCGGCGCGCGCCCAGCGAGGGCUUCUGCACGGCGGGCGUGCAGACCGAGGCGGGCGUCGCCGACCUCUGCUGGGUGGCCGACAAGGGCAUCCUGGUGGCCUCCGACUCCGGCGCCGUGGAGCUCUGGGAGCUGGACGAGAAGGAAACCCUCAUCGUGAAUAAAUUCUGUAAAUACGAGCACGACGACAUCGUGAUGGCAGUGAGCGUCCUCGCCAACAGCAUCCACGCUGUCAGCGGCGGCCUAGACUUCUGUGUGAAAGUGUGGGACCUGCCCCAGGAAGCCGUGYUGCACUCCUACAGAGCUCAUGCCGCUUCAGUGACAUGUGUGGCUUCCUGUCCUGGUAAGGACACUAUGUUCCUGUCCUGUGGCGAGGAUGGCAGAACUUUAGUGUGGGACACCAGAUGCCCCAAGCCAGCUACUCGAAUUGUUUGCAGUGCCUGUAGUUACCUCCCUACCUCAGCCAUGUGGCAUCCACAAAAAAGUGACGUUUUUGCUUUGGGUGAUGAAAGUGGGACAGUUGCACUAGUAGACACAAAGAUGCCUGAUUCUGCCCUCAGUGCUUCUGUGCAUACCCGAUGUAUCACGGGCUUUGCGUUUUCUGCACACAGUUCACCCUUCCUGGCUUCAAUCAGUGAAGACUGUUCAGUAGCUGUUCUUGACUCAAACCUUUCAGAGGUGUUCAGAAACCGUUCUCAUCAAGACUUUGUAAAAGGCUUAUCGUGGUCUCCUUUAGACAAUGCCUUGCUCACUACAGUUGGAUGGGAUCACCAGGUUUUACAUCAUGAUGUACCACUACCAACUGCUGAAGCUUCUGGGAUCAACUGUGUAAAAGAAUAGUUUUAUAAACUCACUGGUCCCAGUUCCUUUCUGGUGUUACUUGGAUUCUGCUGCAGUCAAAGGUGUUUGUGAACCGGAACGGGUGUAGUCUGUUGUCUGCCUUCACGCUUGUGGCGAAGAAGGUUCCUGUAGUAGUUAGUUAGGCACAAGUUCAGUACAGAACAGGCUUUACCUUCUCCUUAGCAGUGACUUCACCUGUGAUAAGACUUCAGUAUGUUGCACAGAAAAAUAUUGACUUUAAGCACAGAGGAGGCUUGGAGAGACAUGCAGUUUGGUAUAAUAAAAGUUAAUUCUUCUUCCUGUUCUUUAGGAAGUAAUAGAAACAAGUUAUUUAGGUUAAAAAAACCCUCCUGCCAUAAUUAGCUGAAUGUGAAGCCCUUAUCUGCACCAAGAUUUUUGCUAGUGGGAUAGCAUGACUUGUUAUUAAGAACAGCAUAAAUUCAUCCUUCCACCUGUGGAAGGAGACUUGCCCCAGCACAGAGAGCAGAAAGGCUGCACUGCUCCCCUCAACGCAGGGUGCAGGGAGAGGGUUCCUCUUAGCUCUCUGCCUGGGAGCUCCCACAAUAAGCACUGCGCUCUGCUCGGUGGGAGGAAUCUUGUGCCCUGUCUGAUAAGGUUCCACAAUGCAGCCCCACUCUGAAGCACCUUUGUGUUUCAGUGUUACAGACACUGAAAUCCUAGGAGCUGCAGUACUCUGCAUUGCCCUGAAGCUGAGGCCGGCUCGAGGGGCUGUUGUGAAGAAUGCAGGCAGCCAAGAGAAGGUAGCAGUUGUGCUGUCUGACACAGUUUCCACUCCUCUGUGCUGAAGACAAUUGAAGUACUUGUAUACUGAAGUAUAUUGAAGAGUAAGAAGAGUUUAUAUAAAGUAAAACUGGAAUAAGGAGUUCAAUUUUCAGUUGUUUGCUCCUCUAACAAGACUCUGCUUAAUGAUAUAUUAAGGCAACUUAUUAUACACUUGUCCUGAGUGGCAUUUUGUGCUGAAAAUAAGGAGGGGGGUACCCCAAACGUUCCACAAUCCCCAGAACUGACUGCACAACACCUUUGGGGUGUUUUUUUGUAACAUACCACUUAAAUUUCUCUCAAACUAAACUGUUACCCUGGAACAUGUUAUAAAGUUGCUUUGCAUGCAUUGCACUGCUCUUGGUCAGAGCUAACAUUCCCUACACCAGUAAAAGUGGGUCCCAACUGGUGAAACAAAGAAAAUGCUAUUAAAGUGAAUGCUACUGCUGUUUGUUUAGCAUGCUAGCACCACUAAGGGACACACAAGCUACUUCUAGUGCAUUCAACUCUGUUCUGAAAGAUGUAAAAUAAGCAGCACCCGCAAUUAAUUUUUAGGCAGAUUAGGCAUUUCUAGUGUUGUGUCUUUGAAUUCCAACACCAUUCAGUUGUUCACAGAAKGAAGUUCCUGAUCUAGAGCAGUGUAUUAUAAGAGCAAGAUACAUGAUUAUGAAAACUGACAUAUUUCCUCAAACCUAACCUUCCACACCAACAAGAAAUUAUGUGUUACAGACCUCUGGCAGCAGAUUGAAAAC